GACGGGCGUGGGAAUCUCGGAGACCGCGGCGCGAGCGGGUGGCGGCGAGCAUGACGCUGUGGGUUCGCUCCACGGGUCGCGCUCUCAGGCUCUGGGGCCGGGGCGGUGAGCCGGCCUGGGCCUGCCGCCAUCGCGUUGCAGGUGGGAGCAGGCCCACGCCCUUCUCUGCUGGGGCCUCGGGCGCCUUUGGAAGCGGAGGUGGCGGCGAGGAGGAGAAGCCCCGCCUGAGGGACGUCGCAGAGCUGAUCCGCGCCCAGGCCGGCCAGGGGGUGGUGGUCAUGGCGGGGGCCGGCAUCAGCACGGCCAGCGGCAUCCCGGACUUCAGAUCCCCGGGCUCCGGCUUCUACAGCGCCUUGCGGCACUGGGACGUCCCGUACCCAGAGGCCAUUUUCGAGCUCUCGUUCUUCUUGGCCAACCCCAGGCCCUUUUUCGCGUGGGCCAAGAACAUGCACCCCGGGAACUUCAGGCCCAACGUCAUCCACUACUUCCUGCGCCUGCUCCAUGACAGAGGGCUGCUGCGGCGGCUCUACACGCAGAACAUCGACGGCCUGGAGAGAGCCUCGGGCAUCCCCGGCUCCAAGCUGGUCGAAGCUCACGGGUCCUUUGCCUCUGCCACCUGCACCUCCUGCGGAAAAGCCUCCCCGGAGCAGGACCUCUGGGCCACCGUGAUGGCGGACGGAGUCCCCCGCUGCGCGGUCUGCGCGGGCUUGGUGAAGCCCGACGUCGUGUUCUUCGGGGAGAUGCUGCCCGAGAGGUUCUUCCUGCACUUGGUGGACUUCCCCGCCGCGGAGCUGCUGCUGGUCCUCGGGACCUCGCUGAAGGUGGAGCCUUUCGCCAGCCUGUCCGAGGCCGUGCGGAGCUCAGUGCCGCGAGUGCUCAUGAACAGGGAGGCGGUGGAGUCCUGGCGCCCCCGGAGCAGGGAUGUGGUCCAGCUCGGGGACCUGGUGGACAGCGUGGAGCGGCUGGUGGAGCUGCUGGGCUGGACGGAAGAGAUGCGGGAGCUGGUGCAGCGGGAGACGGCGAAGCUCGGCAGACCGGGCAGGUAGAGGGGCGGCCGCCUGGAGUCGCCGCCCACUUCUGAGCAGACCUCACGCCUGAGCAGCAGCCCGGGCAGCUUUAUUGAAUCGGACGUGCUGAGUCUGCUGGCCGGCUCCCACUG